UCUCCACAGCUGUGAUUGCAUCCAGACAUGGAAGGUUCCUUGAUUACAGAAGGACAAAAAGAAAAGACCAACCAACAACCAUCACCUCUAUUGGAUAAACCAUGGAGAGAGCUGAUGUUCACUUUACAAGCAAGGACUGAACUUUUGAAGGAAAUCAAGAGAUAUGAAACCCUGACUUAUGAAGUGGCAGAGCCCAAAAUCCUGCUGAUUGGGCAAACUAAAGCAGGAAAAAGCAGCUUCUUCAACUCUGUUAAUUCUGUCUUCAGAGGAUAUCCAAUAUUCCAGGCCACAUCUUCACAAAAGCAAAAAAAUAUCAGCAAAUAUUGUAGAAAUUAUACAGUCUUGGAUGCAAAAGGGGGGAAGAGGAUGCCAUUCACCUUUUGUGACAUCAUGGGCCUGGAUUCAUCCAGUGAGGGUUUAGGAAUUCACACUAAAGACAUCCUCAGAGUGAUUAAUGGACACAUUCAAGAUAAUUAUAAGACCCCUGAAGACAACCUGCUGUACAUACAGAUAGCCAGUCCGGACACCAUUUUCUAUGUGAUACUAGUGCACAAGUGA